ACGCCAAAAAAAAAACCUGUUCUGAGAAAAGAAGAAGCCAAAAUAAACAAAACAAAACCAAAAUAUAAGAAAGGAAAAAGAUGUUCGGGGAUGUCUCCAGCUGCAACACCUACAACUACGGCGAUGCCUUGUAUUGGGACUCCCGUUAUAUUCAGGAAGCCGGUGGUGCUUUUGACUGGUACCAGCGUUACUCUUCUCUUCGCCCCUUUGUUCGUCACUAUGUCCCUACUUCCUCUCGUGUUCUCAUGGUCGGCUGUGGAAAUGCCCUUAUGUCGGAGGAGAUGGUCAAGGAUGGAUAUGAAGACAUUAUGAACAUUGACAUUUCCUCGGUGGCUAUUGAAAUGAUGAGAAGGAAAUAUGAGUUUGUUCCUCAGCUCAAAUACAUGCAAAUGGACGUUAGGGAUAUGAGUUUUUUCCCGGACGAAUCUUUCGACAGUGUUGUCGAUAAAGGAACUCUUGAUUCUUUGAUGUGUGGCACGGACGCUCCAUUAAGUGCUACGCAGAUGUUAGGCGAAGUGAUCAGACUUCUCAAACCUGGAGGGAUCUAUAUGUUGAUAACUUAUGGUGACCCAACAGCGAGGAUGCCACAUUUGAACCGGCCGGCAUACGGUUGGAAUAUAUUAUUGUACAACCUACCCAGACCGGAUUUUAAGAGGCCUGGAGGUGCUUCAUUGACAAAGUCAUACUUGGAGCCAAUUCCCAUCACUGAGAAGGGCACACUUCCUGCGGACUUUGUUUUGGAAGACCCGGAUUCUCACUUCAUAUAUGUAUGCAAAAAGAUGGAUGACACAGGGCUAAGUAACAUACCCACCUAUCCAUUAACAUCCGAGAUUUUAUAGCGAAUCGAGUAAAAAUUGAAGUGCUAAGGCAGCAUCUAUACUGUUUUACAAGCUUCAAAAGUCACAUUUCAAUUUCAAAGUAUUUGUAUGAUUAUCAUCCACCAAUUAGGACAUUUUACUAGGAAAAUUAUUGUUUGUAAACCUCCAGAAAGGAAUUCUGUUUGUGUUUUACAUAUUAUAAGUCCGCUGUUGAACAGAAACAAAAGACCUUGAAUAAUA